AUGGAUGAAGUACGGACAUCCACUCAGUCCGACGACACUUUGAGAUCAGACAUCAGUAGCCUGAGCAGCCCAUCAAUCUGCGAUGAUUCGAUAAUUGAAGAGCAGACCGAGCUCUUCCAACACAGCAAAACCUCUGAGGUUGAAGAAUCUCUGAAAGAAGGCUGGACCAAAGAGGACCACACGGCUUCUCACAGCCAAUUACCAGCCGAAGAGAAGAACGACAAUGUGUCGAUUGAGACGUCGGAGCUGAUCUUCGAUGACACGGUCUUUCCUUUUCAUCGCAGCAAGUGGGCAGCAAUCGAUUCGUUCAGCAUCUGCAUCCUAGGCGUCGGAACUUCCCUCAUCAUCGGUGUGCUCAUCUUUCUGAGCUACAUUUGGAACGGUUCCAUGCGGGCCAUGGCUGGAGAUAACAUGGAGGAAUCCUUUUGGAGUCAAAUCGUGUUCUCCGACUGGACCUCUAGGACUGUGACCGUCGCCGCUGCUAUUCUACGUAUCUGUCUCUCCCUUCAGAUGGGUGUGUUCACUGCGAUGAUAGCGUCUCUCAUGAUUGAGAAGUCCGGCGUCCCCCUCAAUGUCGCUCCGUCAAUCGCUUUGCUAAGGGCAAUGCCAGCAUCACCAUGGUCGCUAUUCAGCUGGACAGCCCUUUCGAAUCCAAGCCGCGAUGGUAUCAUAUACAAGAUUGUCAUUGGAAUAUCGGUGCUCUUGGCAAUCACGUCUCAAUUCGCAUCGACAGCGCUGCUAACCGACUUUUCUAUGGUUAACGUCACCGGUUCACGCACGACGUCCAAAAUUUCGUACGCCGAAAAGCCGUACCUUGGUUACGUCAUGAAGGCUUCUAAAGCGUGGAGUAUGCAGCCGGGGACAUACUCACGCUUUGCGGAGAAAACGGUAGAUCUCAAAGAGUCGCGAUCUGAAUCAGGAAUGGAUUAUGAAGACACUGGUCCCGUUACUCGCGCGAUCAUGCCCUUCUUCAGCGAGUCGCAACGAACGGGGUUACGAAGAUAUGAUGGGCCCGCCGCCGUCCUCGAUUCCAGAGUAUUCUGCAUGCUGCCUGUCGUCCGCAACCUCACGUUCGAGUUCCCAUUCCGGCAUCUUCUGGACACGACCGACACCUUUGGAUACCAUAGCGAGUUUCUAAUACAGGGAGAAUUUGGUUUAGAAGGUCCCUUCGCUCAGGUAUCCAAGUCUCCCUGGUAUCGCACCUGGUCUUUCAACUGUAUAGUGUCCGCUGGCAAAACGGCCAAAACCGCAGCGCAGCAGAGACCAAAAGAUGAACUAGAAAAUUUCUCGAUCUGUUCAAUAUUUUCCAACAAUGCAGGCGAGCCUUUCCUCCCUGUCGAUUUUGUCCAUCGCUCUCCCCCGCCUACAUCAUUUUCCAAUCUAUUCCUCAUGUUCAAGAGCACUGGCACCCAGGAUCAAUGGAUUGAGGCGUUGCAAAACAAUACAUAUGCUAAUAAAUCCGAGUCUCAAAAUUACACAUGGGCUGUGAAUGCCGAAGACUGGAAAGGAAGUAAUGACGGAAUAUGGGCAGUCAUCCGUGCGCCUCAAGGUCUUGGCCGGGCCAAGAAUCCAAGUAAUGUUGGCAUUUCGAUGAGUGCGUGCUUUGCACAUCUUGACGGUGAUUUGAAGAACGUUAGCGUCUCCAGCAACGCCAAUGGGGUUGAGGCACCUGGACGCCUAGAAUUGGACAACGUCACGAUCCGAUACAACACGGAUGCUAUCCGAAAGCAGUACAUAUGGUCGAGCAACAUGUCUGCUGAUGCAAGGGGGAUACUGACGCUCGACUCGCAAAAAGCCUUAGGGGAAGCUGUCCUUUCCUCGGCGACAACGUCUACGAUAUCUUUCCGCGGAGUUGCUGCAGGACUUCCUUUAUUCAAUACUCAGCCUUGUGCUGCUCUUCGAGUCGAUGGGAACACAUCACGCGCGGUACACUAUGCUCAUGCCGCCCUCUUCCAGGACGUCAUGAAACAAACUGGAAGGCUUACGGAGGCCUUACAGGCGAUAUUAAUGGUCACGCAGCAGAUGGAAUACUAUGAGUGGUCUCGGAGCUUCACCCAGCGUGCGCCGGGCUCAUACAUAAUAGCCGAGGGGAAGUCGAUACCCGUGCGAUAUAUAGGAUUCAGCGUGGUAGUAAGCAUCAUCUGUAUCCACUUCAUUCUUCUCAUAAUCACGACGGCACUAUUCCUAUACUUUACGGAGUCAACAUGUUUAGGAAACAUUUGGAUGUCUCUGAGUCAAGUUGUGUCCGUCGAGACCGCAGACAUUAUUCAGAGUUCGACGUAUCGAAUGGACAGCGAAAUUAAGAAGGUCAUCCAAGAAAGGACCCCGUCGGCAAGAGGACUAAGGAUGAGGCACAGAGUCAGAGUGACGAAGAAUGAGGAGAGUGGGAGGGACGAGUUAUUGUCUUUCUGA